UGCAGGCUAAAUUCUUAUGUUGUUGUGGAAACAGUAUACAGUAUGUAUAAUUUAUUAUAAAAGUUUGUAAAGUUAUGAAGUCUAAAAUUCUUGUUGUUUUUGUCCUGUUCCUUGCAGUUGAAGUCAUAUUUCACAGGCAACAUGUAAGUUAAUUCGAGAGUCAUUUGCAAAAAUAUUAAACUUUAUACUAUGUCUUGAUUUUGCUCUAUAUUUGGUUGUAUACUUUAUGAUUUAUCUUCAAAGGGAACAUGUUUUGCGUCUGAAUUUGGUGUGAAUGGACCUCAUCGAACGAAGCGUUCAACUAACUCCUUCAGUAUGUAUUAUGUAUUUAUCAAUGUUUAACAGUUUAAGCAGCAAUAUGACAUAUUGUCAUAUUUCUAAUGUAAAGUUAAUACAUAUAUAAUGACCAUUUAAAUUGACAAAUCCUCAGGAAUACCACAGCCAACAGCAGAGUUUCCACUCGUUCUAUAUGCUGGUGAUAAUUACAACAAUGGGACUGAGGGAAUUAUUCAUAGAUCUCGACCUGGAGAGUAUCGUGUUUGGGCGCGGACAAUACAAGACGGUAUCCAGGAGUUUCUAUUCCGUUCAUUACUAGUGUUGCCAGGUUGGAAACUAACGUUUCAAGCAUGUUGUCCAUCCGGUAACAGUUGGACAUCAUCUGUGUCCAAUGUCAGUAACAUUUCCAGCCUGCACUAUUUCAUGUUUGAUCAUUUGAGAAUUGGUGAAGGAAUUUUUUAUACUCAAUGGCUACACUGGAUUCAAGAGUUCUCUGUUAAGGUGAUAAAAAAUAGUCGCUAAUUUUGGUUAACCCUUUUAAGUGGUAACAUGCCCUGAUCUGCCCUUCUUUAUUAUUUUACUUUCACUGUCUAAUGCCGACAUUUUUACUCAUCGAAGAGAGAGUGCUGCCUCUCAAUGGUUUAACAUAUGUUGAGCACUGAUGUAAAGGUGUAAUAUUAUAUGGGUUAGUGAGAUAUUAACCCUUUAAUACGUGGCAAUGCACCUAGCUGAUGCGCCCUAGUUUGUUAUUUUACUCUGUCUAACGCCAGACUAUUUUACUCUGUCUAUAACACCAGACCGGUACGAUUUUACUCGUCAAGUGGAGAUCGAGACAUCGAGUGCUAGCUGCCACUCAAUGGGUUAAUUUUCUCACAUUGCACCACAGCUGUCACUAUGGUUAGCUUUGAGUCAGCUAGUUGGUUAUAAUUUGCUGCUAAGUCGGUUGGUUGGUGGCUGGCCAACCAGUUUGUCACAUUGGUCUGUCAGCCUGAGCCAGAUAGUCGGUCUGUCCAUCUGUCUGUCAUUCGAUAGUCCUCUUUAUCCAUCCAUCCAUCGUCAGCCUGAGCCAGAUAGUCUGUCCAAUCUGUCAGUCAUUAGAUGGUCAGUAGUUGAUCAGUCAGUUCUGCCUACAGUUAGCCCAUUGAGGGCAUAGACAGAUUUUCAGGUUUAAUGCUCAGGGGGAGGUGCCAAAAAUUAAGAAGGGAGGUGAGCAAGAGUGUGUGUAGCACCGUCAAUCAAGCUGCAGCAGAGGUUUGGGGGGCACAGUUGUUAGUAGGGACUGAGGGCUGGUGGUAAGGAGGCCCAGAAAAAAUUAUUUUUGUCUUAUUUAUAAUCCUUAUUUUGAUCAUACCACUGUCAUUUAAUCCAAUGAGCAUUUAAAUGUCUGGGAGAGUGGGAGGGGUUGCAAAUUUUUCUAGAUGGAGUGGGAAAACUUUCUGAGGUGUGCCAGUGUCCCUUGAUGAGUAAAAUCAUUGACAAGUAAAAUCGUCUGACAAAGUGAAAUAAUAAUUAAAGUGUGGCACAUUAGGAUGCAAUGCGACCUAAUGACUUUAAGUUAAUAUGGGACAAUUUCAACCAUUCUAAAAUAAAUGCUUAAAUCAUGUUUUAAGGUUGAUCAUUGUGAAGAUUUUACAUCUUGUACCAAGAACAUAACAACAUGUUCCCAGACAUGUUACUUUGGUUCUUGUGGUUUAGAUGGGACAUGCCAGUGCAAAGAUGGAUACUCAGGGGAUCAAUGUGAGAAACGUAGGUCUCAAUAAUUCUUGGAAUUAUAUUAUUAUAUAAUAUAAAGAAAAUAUAAUUAUAGUCAUCUUGCAUGCUAACAUUUUCAAUGUUUAUCAUGGCCCAUGGUUUACUCUGCUGAUAUUUUUCAUCCUGUUUCUAAUCUCAUUUUGUAUCCCUCAGGAGUAUAUUAUGUGAGGAACGUGUAACAUGAUCUUAAUGAAACAUAUAGACUUGUAGUAUAGUCAUUCAUUGUACGAAACUACGAAUUACAAUUUUGAGGAAAUUUCACAGAACCUUUUGAUUUUAAUUUUUAAAUUAGUAAAGUGGUGACACUUUGUGUCAUUUUGUUGCAAAUUUUGUGAAUAUUUUAAACAAUUUCCAGCCAUAUUUCAUACCGUACACAUCCUUUCAGUACAAAAAUACAACAGGGAACACAUUAGAAAAAGAAAUCUUAGUUUAAUUUGUUCAGUUUGCAAAACAAAUGAAAUUAACAAGUGUGCAACAACUGUAAGACAGAAGGGCAUAUGUUACAGAAUUUUUAAAACUUGCUUCUUAUUUCAUGUGAAUUUUACUGCGCAAAACCUGAGAAAUAUACUUCGCAAUUGCGAAGUGCGAGCCACUUUAAUUUGUACUCUGUCAUUUGAAUAUAGUUUUAACUUAAUUUAACAUCAUAUUCGUUCUAUACAGGUCCAUCAAAUGCAGAGAUCUACCCAAGCCUUGCUUAUCCUUUACUGCUCUUUCCUCAAGCAUCAUUUCAAGGUGAUCCUGUCAAAGUUUCACCUGAUGUCUACCAAGAGUUUGCCAAGAACACAGAAAAUAUAAGAAAAUUCACAUAUUUAUCUGCAAGAAUUCUAUUUACGAGAACCGUGAGUUUUUCUCGUAACAAGGAGAAUGAUCAAGUCUAUGAAGUCUCUCCCGGAUCUGAUAUCCCGAACCUGCAGUCAUUUUUUGCAUCAAAUAUGGAUUUUGGAACACCCUUGUGGUUUAAUUAUGCUACGACGAUCGAUUCUGUAUUUUAUAUUAAGGUGGCUGGUAAUAGUCAGUGCACAAGCUGUAGUGACGUAGGAGGUAGUUGUUAUGCAGGGCAGUGUGUGUGUUUGCCAGGAUAUAAUGGGACAUUUUGUGAACAAAAGAUAUGAAGAUGGGAAUUAUGGGUGCUGCUGCAGGAUUGAGGGGAGAAAUUGACUUAGAUAUAUUUUAUUUAAGCUUUAUUUUGACACAUGAAUUAUAAUACACUUACGCCUGUAUUCUAAAAGCUCACUCACGCUCAAAGAGUGGAAGUCUGGUCUGAGCUUUCCUCGAGUGUCAAUGCCGCUUUUGAGUAGCUGGAGGGUUAGUGUCGUAGCUUACUAUGCGACUACAGUCACCCUCCAGCUAUUCUAAAACAGCACUGACACUCAAGCGAAGCUCAAAUUGAACCUCCACUCUUGAGUGUGAGCGUGAGUGAGCUUUUAGAAUACAGGGCCGCUCCUGUGAUAGACUUUGCGUUUGAGAGACAUAUAUAGACAACAUCAAACAACCAAAAGAGGCGAAGAAUAUCGAGACCAGGUCCCAUGCAGGGUGCUCACCACUAAAUAUUACAGAACAGACAAAAUUACAAAAUAUAUGAAAUAGAAAAAGAGAAACGGAAGGUUACAGUAGAUGAAAAGAGAGAGAGGUAGAAAGGGUUACAUGGAGGAAUGGAAGAUGUCAGGUGGUCGUGCAGAUCAAAGAGUGCGAGCUAGGUUCGAUAAGUCUUGUGUAGAUAACUUGUAUAUAAUAUAAGAAGCAUAAUAUAAUACAUAAUAAUGUAAUAUAAGAAGAAUUCGCAAGUAUUUAAGCAGAGAAUCAACAGAGAAACUUGUUCAUGCCUUCGUUACCAGUCACCUAGACUAUUGCAAUGGACUGCCCAACAAUGCUAUUGCCAAAUUACAACGUGUUCAGAAUGCUGCCGCAAGGAUUCUCUACCGUGCACCACGGUUUAGCCAUAUUACUCCGCUAGCUGUUGUAUGAGUUACACUGGUUGUCAGUCAAUUCAAAUAUCGAAUUGAAUAUAAGAUAAUUACAGUUACGUUUAAGGCAAUUCUUGGAACUGCCCCUAAUUAUAUAACUGAACUUAUAACUUUUAAAACAAACUCUUCUUAUAGCCUAGGAUCAAAUAACAAACUUCUUUUAUGUCCGCCAAAUUUUAAGACAUUGUCUACUCUUGGUGACAGCCUUUAUGGCUGCUGCACCAAAACUAUGGAAUAUAUUAUUGCCAUUGAAUCUUAGGAGUAUCUCUGAUUUGAAUAUUUUUAAGCAAGAUCUUAAGACAUAUCUUUUUAAAGAGGCUUUCUAUUAGCUCAGUUUUUAGAUUAAAUUUGUAGUAUUAGUUCUACGUAUUUUAAUUGUCCUAUCCAUUGUUGUAACGCGCAUUUGAAAACUGCAUUGUUGAAUUUGCGCGAUAUAAAUUAAUAAAUGUUAUGUUAUGUUAUGUUAUGUUAUCAGUUAUGUUAUGUUAUGUUAUUUUAUAUAACUUGCCUGUGCUUGUAAAACUCAUGUAAGUAGAGAUUGGUUGGUUCCAGCUUUGAGAGUUUUUUCCAGGUCUUCCGGUUUUCCUUCCUUAUUUAAUAACAACUAACCUUUAGGCCCCGUGUUUGUUAGGAGGUACUUUUCCCCUUCUUAUUCAACCGUAUAGUGCCACUCUGGAACAAUCUACCAGCUAAUCUAAGACAAUCAACUUCCUUAUCAACAUUCAACACGAAAGUUUUUUUCGACAGCGUAAAACUUGGGAAUAGCUUUGACACUGAAAGAAUAAGAACAUGGAAAACUGUGUGUGUGUGUGCCCUGCCGUGCAGGGCCAUUAAUUAGGUAGAUUAAUGGUUCCUAGGCUAAUUAUCCCUUUCACGGCUGGGACACUGUAUGGGGUCGACAUGGCAGAUUUGAGGGGAGGACUGCCUAAUUACUUUACGGAUGAGUUAAUCUGUUCAACCUUGUUCUGUUUAA